GUUCGAACAGAGGAAAGUACAUUGUUUUUUCUAAAAAUCAGAUAAUGAAAAAUAUUAAGUUUCUUAUAACGAUAUGUUCAACGAGCCAAGAGAAAUACCGCCUAUAGUUUAACAUGCCCUGGUCUAUUAUUGACAGAUAUGCGGGGACGACCAACGUUGGCGGGUACUUUAGACAACCGGUAUUGAAUAAGAUCUAAUGGCAAAACAAUGGCCUCUUAUAGAGAAUCAUUAAAGGAGAAGGAAGCCCAGAACUGGGUAAAGGCCGCCCUCGCCCUCAACAUCACCAAGGACGGAUUACAAGAUUUUCUGGAGGACGUACUGACAUGCGUUCACCAGGACAUCUAUAGCACCGUUAGAACAUCCAAGGGUCUUCCAGGCGGGGCAGCAUGUGCACUUUGUUUCACAGAGAACGUGUUAAAGUGCCCUACUCGUAGGAUAUGCACCAGUCAUGAAAACUGUAGAUUUCAUAACGGUCCUUCAAAACAGUAUGUUCCUUGUCCAAACGGGAUUUGUGAAGGCGUCCGUGAUGAAAUAAUUCAACAUCACAGGUCUUCGGGACCAUCAUGGAAGAAUACGAAUGCCGGCAAAUGGAGCACCAUUCCCUGGGAGAUAGGCAAGUGUUUCCUGCCUCCUGAUGGCUACAAAACCGUGUCCUCCAUCAAAGACAGUGACUUCAACGGAGUGAUCAGCGUCAUGAUGAAUUGCAAGGAUUUCCAGAACAAGCUGUCGUUUAACGUUGCAACACAGCCAAAUUUAUUGACAGAGGUUCGGGACAUUGGUCGACGCGUACGCCACUCCCAUGACCAGAGGGUCAAGGACACGGAACUGGUGGAGUUCUUGUUCAAGCUCCGCACCCUGCUGGAGGAUAAGACUGAAUUAGCAAACCGACCCAGGGCGCAACACGCCGUGGAACAGCUUAAACAGCUGCAAGCGGACGAUUUUAAGAUCAGUGCUGAGAACGAACGGGAGAUGUUGAUGGAAGGAUUACGACUACGUUUGGCAAACCAUUACCGAACCACGUUGGGCGACAUGCCGAUAUCUCCCAUUCUCGGAGAAAAGAACGCCAAACUUAGGAAAUUCUACGUGGCACCGAAAAUUGUGGAGAAAGAUCAUAGAAUAAUCGGCAAAAUUGAAAAGGGAGAAAGUGGUCAAAAAGUUGCAAAAUUUUCAGAUCUUUUCUUAAAAAACGGUCAGUUGCUCAGAAAUGUUUUCCUUGUUGGUGAACCGGGCAACGGGAAGUCCACAUUCUCCGUAAUGUGUGCCCUGGAAUGGACUCACCAGUAUUUACCAGCGGAGGAAAACGUCGGUAUUAAAACAAGCUAUGCCGACCCAGAAUUCUUCAAAGAGUUUGCAUUUUUGUUUCGUGUCACCCUACGAGAUUCAGGUAAAACGUGUGAUCUAGCACAAAUGAUCAAGGAUAAACUUAUACGUAAAAUCUACCACGAGAAGGAUGCCGAUGAUGGCUUCCGGCUAUUGCAGACGGUGCUAGAAAGUGAAACAUGUUUAAUCAUAGCUGACGGCCUCGACGAAUGGACCCAUCCAGAAAACGUAAACUGUACCUGUACAUCUGAGGAAAAAGUUAUCCCUUUCCGAAAUUCGGCCAACAAGGCCACACUCCUCACGACAACGCGUCCCUGGCGACUGUCACAGUUCAGAGUGCAGGAUUCAAAGAUCGACAAAUAUCUUGAAAUAGAAGGAGCUGCAGACACAGAGCAACUCGUGGAAAAUAUCCUCACCAUCCUUAAUGAGGGAAAUACGGAUGAACGGACACCAGAGGCUUUCAUGGAAAUGGUGUCAGCGAAGGGUCUUGAAGGAUUAUUGUCAGCACCUAUCAGUAUCACCCAGCUCGUGUGCCUGUGGUUCGAGGGCAAAUCGUUAACCGAUUCAAAGUGUGACAUUUAUGCUGGCAUGAUAAACAUGCUAUCAUGUAGACUUAGUGAUAUGCAAAGCGGGCAUAACAUUCCGGAAAUUGAACUGCCAUCUGUAUUAAAGGAACACGAAUGCUUCAUACAAAAUCCCACGUUUUACAUUGCGCUGGCAAAGUUAGCAUACACAACUUUGUUUUCAGAGUGCAGAAAUUCGUCUGUUGUUUUCAGCAACAAAACAGUCAACGCUUUGUUAAGCAGGGAGCAGGUUGAAUUUGCUUUAAAUUCAGGCUUGCUCACAGAGAAGAAAUCAUCCUCAUUGAUCAAGAGAUCAUCUCACUUUUCAUUCUUUCAGAAAACUCUUCAAGAGUUUUUAGCGGCUAUUCAUUUAUGUUUAAAUGAAAACGACUACAGUCAGCUAUCAAACAAGUACGAACAAGAUAAUCAGCAAAAUAUCUUGGGAGAUGAUUCUCAGACAUUUAUUUUCAUAUGUGGAAUGAAGCCCGAGCUCGGUGUACAAAUGUCUUCAUGGAUCAAUAGUCCUAUAACACAAACAUCAAUGAUGAAUUGGUUCGGCGACGUCAGGGGGGGUAAACUUCUUCAGGGCCUGUUAAUCUCCGGGUACCGGGAAGCCAAGGCGAACAACUAUGGUGACAUACCGCUCUAUCUCGCACACUUCCAGAUUAAUAGUUAUCAGGAUGUCGUAGUGUUAAAAAAGCUAAUGAGGAUAAACAAGGAACGUAUUCAGUCACUAUACAUCGAUGAAUGCAAUUAUCAAAUUAAUGGGGAAGAGCUGCAGGAGGUGAUCACAUCCUCCCCUGACUCCCUCAGAGAAAUGAAACUGGUGGAUCGUGAUGGGCAGUAUGACCUGUCCCAGUGUCACAGGCUGGAAUAUCUGCAAAUAGUGGGACCCAAAACAACAGGCGUGCAGGUUGAUCCAACAAAUAUUACAACAUGUGCAUUGGAGUUAGUAUCAUCGAAUGUUGAAAUGGACAUAUUUAGAUUAUUUAAAAACCAUCAAAGGUGGAGUAAACUACAACGUGUUUUGUUAAAUAGCGUUACGAAUAUCCAGUUACUUGUGGAUACACUACCAAGUCUCCGUCCGUUACAAAGCCUUGCCAUAUGGAAUACAGAUCUAGGUGAGCUUCGCCUCCUCCCUCCAGCCUCCAUCACCCAUAUUAUACUUCAGUAUGUGCAAAUGACAGCGGAGUCGUUGCGGAGUCUGAUCGAGACGAUGAAGAACAUACCACACACCAUUACAUGCUACAUGGAGCGCUGCACGGUGAAACCUGCCAGUGAGAUGAAAGACAUCCGAGAGCAUUUGGAGAGUUCGCCGUCAUUCAUGGCUCACUUAUUUGACAAUACGAGUGAAGUGUUUACUUGUACGUUCAUCAAAAUGUGAACACUAAGUUAAAUGUAAGCAUCGAUUAUGGGAAUUGAUGUUUGAUGAAAAAAACAGUGAAACAAUCAAUGUCAGUCUAAUUAUAGAAAUAUGUUUUAUGUUACUUUUACACAAACUCAUUAUCAUCAACCACAUUCUAUGUGUAUUUAAUUUAUGUUGUGUAAUAACAUUCUUCCUGAACUAUUUACACCUCAACUUCUAUUCCUUAAAUGAACUGCCUUUCGGCAAUUGCAGUUAUCAUCCGAUGAACGCAAUGUCUUCGGAUAUGUUCGGAUCGCGAAUCACCGCAUACAUGGAAAUUGUUUAUCUAUGUAUUGUUUGUAUUGUGUCAGCAGGCCCCGUAAACAAUAAAUAAACACUUUAAAAAGUUGUUGUCCUAAGUGUUUCAAUUUUACGCUUGAAAGUGAUUUUAAGUGGCUGAUCUUUUCCUGCGUUAUUCUGACGUCAUUUAAUAAAUUGUUUCCGGUUACAAUCGGGUCGUUAGAAAAGCUUACUGUAAGGUUUUCUUGAACGAAAUAAAGUAUUUUUUUAACAAUUUUUGAAUAAAAUA